AUGACAUCUAUUCCCUCAAUCUACCUGAAAGACGGGACCUCUAUUCCUGUUAUCGGUUAUGGGACCGGCACUGCCUGGUUCAAAAGGAAAGGGGAUUACGAGGUCAAUCGUGAACUUGUGGAAUCCAUCAAAUCUGCGAUCAAGCUAGGAUAUCAUCAUUUGGAUGGCGCCGAAGUCUACGGCACCGAGCCAGAACUUGGCACUGCAAUCAAAGAGAGUGGUAUUCCGCGAGAGAAGCUCUUCGUGACGACCAAGGUACAAAACAACAUCGCGGACAUCCCCAAGGCAAUUGACGCAAGCUUGAAGAAACUCCAGCUGGACUACGUCGAUCUAUACUUGAUUCACUCACCUUUUUUCGCAAGAUCCCCAGCUGAUCUCCAAACUGCCUGGGCGGCCAUGGAGAAGGUCAAAGAAGCAGGCAAGGCCCGGGCAAUCGGAGUCUCCAAUUUUGUGCAGCAUCACCUCGAAACGAUUUUGGAGACAGCCACGAUCCCACCAGCGAUCAACCAGAUCGAAUAUCACCCAUACCUGCAGCAUGGUUCUCUUGUGCCAUUCCACGAGAAACAGGGAAUAACCACUGCAAGCUACGGGCCCCUCACACCAGUCAUUCGCGCCAAAGGCGGCCCGCUGGAUCCUCUGCUGUCCAAGUUGGCAGGAAAGUAUGGUGUGAGUGAAGGAGAAGUGCUCUUGCGAUGGUCAAUCGACCGUGGAACAGUCUCCGUCACAACAAGCGGCAAAGAAGCUCGCCUUAAAACCUACCUAAAUGUUCUAAGCUUCCACCUUACCGCCGAGGAAGUGGAGGAAAUUGCCCGAAUUGGCGAACAGAAGCAUUUCAGAGCCUUCUGGAACGACAAGAUUGCGGCCGAUGACCGGUCGUAG